AUGUAUUUCUGGCAACUGGAAAGUAUGAAAAUAUUCCACAGAGACUCUUCAACACAUUGGUCUCUGCCGCAGUCACUACGCUGGACAUCUAGUCCAUAUACCAAUAACUUCCGGCCCUUACAUCCCAUCGACUCACUCGAGGUACACGAAGCGGCCAUCAACAGCUGCGGCACAAUGGAUCUCAAAAAGGGAAUAGAGACCGAUAACUCCAAAGGGGAACGAAAACCACGCAAAAGGUGCCGUGCCGCCGGCCCUACCUAUGCUUUCGUGUUGCUAGUCGACCCGUCAGCUGUGGGAGUUCGUGAUCAUCGAAUCGACAACUCUGAGAGCCUCUUAGAGGCCUACAGGAUGAUGCCACGAGGGCGACUAAGCAUCAUCGUCGCUGUGCCCCCAAACGGCUCGGGGUUCAGCAUGACCACAACAGAGAUCCCUUGGAGCGUACUGGUUCCAGAGCUUCGAAAGUCGAUGAUCCGGAUGAUGGACGGCGACAGAAUGUUCGCCGGAACAAUCCGACUCUGGCUUCAGCUCAACACGAUGGAAAUAGACAUUUCUGGAACGAGAAGCGAAGCAGAAUGUGUGCGUGAUCUUCGCAACUUCGCUGACGAUGGCCUGACCGCUCACUGGUUGUCAAAAUCGGGGACAGUAAUCAACAUACUCGUCCUCAAAAUGUAUCUGCAGUAUACAUGA